AUGGAGUUCGGUAAUCUUCAGAAACUUCACGAGUUGGAUUUAGCAGAGAAUGAGCUAACUGGCUCUGUUCCUCACAACAUUUUCAACAUGUCAGCACUGCAGAAUAUAGAUUUUGGAGAAAAUAAGCUUUCAGGUACUAUACCUUCAGAUUUUGGUCGUGGAAUGCCCAAUCUAGAAAUAUUUUAUUGUGGAGGAAAUAAUCUGAGUGGUUUUAUCUCUGUUUCAAUCUCAAAUUCAUCAAAACUCAGACAACUUGACCUCUCACGAAACAGUUUCACAGGUACAAUUCCUAAAUCACUUGGUAACUUAGAAUACCUUGAGUUACUUCACUUGCUGUCAAAUAAUUUUGUCAGCGAUUCAACAUUGAGCUUCCUUGCAUCAUUGACAAACUGUAGGAAUCUAAGAGCACUCACGUUAGCAGGUAAUCCGUUGGAUGGUGUAUUGCCUGCAUCUGUUGGGAAGCAAGCUGCUCAGCCCACUCCUUAUAAGUGUACCCUCUUAGCUAAUCUUCGUUAUCUAGCUCACUUGAAUUUAUCUUAG